AUGUCUGCCGAACUUAGCCAGACGGAAAAGUCGUCCGCUGUAGUUGCGACUCAAGGAGAUGGAGAUAAUGCUGUUGUCGUCGUCGAAAGUGGCGCGGCUAAGAAGCGCCAGUCGCUGUCCGACAUCUUUACCAUUAUCGCGGCCGGUGCCGCCCUCAUUUCCGAUGGCUACCAGAACAACCUCAUGACAAUGUCCAAUGUCCUCUUCAAGAAGGAAUAUCCCGCGCAGUACACUUCAACUGUCUCCACUCGCGUGUCAAAUUCAUUACUUGUUGGUGCGAUUUUGGGGCAGGUAACCAUAGGCCUGACUUGCGACUAUCUCGGACGCAAGACUGCAAUCGUUGCAACAACACUUCUCAUCGUCAUCGGCGGUAUUCUGGCCACUGCCGCCCAUGGAGUCACCAUCGACGGCAUGUUUUGGAUGUUGACUGUUGCGCGAGGCAUUGUUGGAUUUGGUGUUGGCGGCGAGUAUCCUGCUGCAAGCACAUCAUCUUCUGAAGCCGCCAACGAAAGAACUCUUGAUAAACGAGGACCAAUCUUUAUAUUAGUAACUAAUUUGCCGCUUUCUUUUGGCGGCCCCUUAGCUGUUUCGAUAUUUCUCAUUGUGCUCUCUGCCGCUGGUGAGAAUCAUCUGUCGACGGUGUGGCGAGUAUGCUUCGGUAUCGGCAUACUUCUCCCGCUCUCCGUCUUCUACUUCCGUCUCAAGAUGCUCAACUCCAAGCUCUAUCGCAAGAGCGCUAUCCAGCGGAAUGUGCCUUACGGUCUGGCUAUUCGAUACUACUGGAAGACUUUGAUUGGCACAUGUGGCGCCUGGUUCCUCUACGACUUUGUUACCUUUCCGAACGGAGUCUUUUCCGGCACUAUUCUUUCUUCCGUUGUCGACCCUAAAGACAUACUACGGAGCACAGCAGAGUGGCAGUUACUGCUAGGAGCCAUUGCCCUGCCCGGUGUCUUUCUCGGCGCCUUUCUGUGUGAUCGACUAGGCAGGCGCAACGUGAUGAUGCUAGGAUUCAGUUGGAGAUGGACUCUGGAACCUUCGACCUUCAUUCACCUGUGCGGCAACUUACAGUUGCCUUCAACCUUCAUUCACUUGUGCGGUAACAUACAGUGGCGGUGA